CGACUAUGUGUGUAGGUAUAUUAUUUUCAUGCGCUGUUGUACAGUGCGACCUGCCUGAGUCACAGCUCCAAACAUGCAUUUUACGAAAUUUCCAGUACCUAAGAGUGUGAAGAAAACUCGGUGAUACUCAGCUUUCAACUGCAAGUUUAGCAUGUUACAAAGAUGAGUCAAUUUAUCACCGUGCAAGUUGGCCAAUGUGGAAACCAAAUUGGAGCAGCUUUCUGGCCAUUAGUUCUGCAUGAAUAUGGGGUGCAAAAUACAGGUGGAGGAGUGAGCCUUCUCAAAACUUACCAAAAUUAUAGUAGAAAUAAUAGAGAAUUGUCUGAUGCCUUCAACAGUUUUUUUCAUGUCCCUGAUUGCAGAAAAGAGUUUGCUUUCAAGAGUUUGUCCGAUCUGGAGUCUGCUAAGGUCAAAGCUCGAGCUGUAUUGGUUGAUAUGGAAGAUAGUGUAGUAGGAAGGUAUCGUCAUGGAAUACUAAGAAAUUUAUUUGAUCAAACCUGCACAGUGACAAACUAUCCAGGAUCAGGCAACAACUGGGCUGUUGGAUAUUACACUCAUGGGUUAGAUUAUCGUGAUAAAUUGGAGGAAAUAAUAAGACUGAGUGUUGAAAAAUGUGAUUGUCUUCAUGGUUUUUUAAUGGUACAUUCAUUAGGAGGAGGUACUGGCUCUGGAUUGGGAACAGCAACACUGAAAUUACUAGAUGACUUGUACCCUCAUGUGGAUAGAUUUGUUUCUUGUGUUUAUCCUGCUAGUACACAAGAUGUAGUAACUGCACCUUACAACGUACUUUUGGCAACGCGAGAAUUAAUUGAACAUGCUACAUGCGUAUUUCCUGCAGAAAAUCGUGCUUUACAGGAUAUGUGUAAUGUCUACAUGAACAGUAAAAGAGAAAACAUUGAUCAAGCUAAGUACAAUGCUUCUUGUUUACCAUUUCAAGAUAUGAACAGUAUUAUUGUAAAUAUGCUUCUACAUUUGACAAGUGGUUCUCGAUUUCCUGGAAGUUUAAACACAGAUAUGAAUGAAUUGGCAACCAAUUUAGUUGCAUAUCCUCAACUUCAUUACAUUUUUAGUAGCGUUAGUCCAGUGGCAUUAACAGCACCGCAAAUUUCAACCACAAAUGGCACAAAAUUUCAAGAUGAACUUUUCACUAACGCUUGGUCUAAAAAUAAUCAGCUAAUAAAAGUAGACCCUCUGCAAUCAAACUCCAUUGUGAUUGGAGCAGCACAUAUUUAUCGAGGAGAUUCAUCUUUAACUGACAUAAGAAGAAAUAUUGAAAGAUUUCAAAAUAAAGCCAAAUUUACAACAUGGAGUAAAGAAGCAAUGAAAAUAGGUUUAUGUUCUAUUCCACCUGCAGGUCAUCCAGCUUCUUUACUAUGCAUGAUAAAUUCCACUGCUAUGUCCUCCGUAUUCAAAGAUAUAAUCCAUCAAUUUGACAGGUUAUACAAUAAAAAGGCUCACAUUCAUCACUAUUUGCAAGUAGAACAAUUUGGGAAAGAUGAUUUUAUAGAAAGCAGAGAAAAGAUCUAUAGUGUAUUUGAACAAUAUAUUAAAAUAGAAAAGCAAAUCCCAAUUAAUGUUUCUAGAUUACAACUAAAUUGAGCUUUUAUUUAUUAAUGAGCCAAUGUUAUCAAUUUCAAAACGAAGUAUUGUUAAUAUUUUAUUUUAUAACUAAUUUGAACCAAAGCUUUUAAUUCUUUUUUUGUAAUUUUUAUAAUU